AUGGCCUCAUCAAAUGGAAAGGAUUCAAAAGUUUCCAAGUUCGAGACGCUCAAACUUUUAGAAAAGUGCAGGAAGGAGCGGGAUGACGCGCUGCACAGAGAAAGUGUUUUGAGAGAAAAGCUGAGGCAGUAUGAGUCCCGGAUGCGCUCCACCGAGGCACUUAAGCAGAAACUCAAGACCUUGACCAUGGACAACAAGGAGCUGAGGAAACAAGUCAAGACACUGCGCACAGAGAUUGGACUAGAGGCCAGUCCCAAGUUCAACGGCAAGACCACCAAGGACCUCAUCACCGACCUCCAUGAGAAGGAGAGGGAGUGUGGCUCUCUGGUGGAAAAAACAGGUAAACUCAGUCUGACCAUCGAUGAUCUGACAUCAGAGCUGGCCAACACAGUCACGUCCAAAACACUGCUGGAGGACCAGGUUCAGAGCCUGCAGCAGAACCUCAAGGACAUGACCAACAAUCAGAGACGUCUGCUGAAGCUCUGGGAGGACAAGAAGGUGCAGAGGGAGCAGCUCGCGCUGCCAGCCAUCAACCACAAACCUGGACAGAAACAGAUAACUCACAGACAUGUUCAGACUGAAAUGUCCAUCGGAUUAUCUCAGAAACUUCCUGCCAACGCCUUCGAAACAAAGCCAUUCACUCGAGACAAUGACAAGAAGACUGUACUGGAUAAACACAGUUUCCCAAGUUAUGGAAAUGGUUAUCACCAUGAUAAAGGGAUUCAUAACUGA